UAAAAAUUGAUUGACGUAGAUUGGUGUAGAUCAUAAAUUGGAACACUUGAAUCAUUCACAAAAGUUAAAACAGAGAAAUACAUAUCAUAUAUAUAUAAAUAUAUCAACAGAUACAUCACAGUGUAAUAUUAAACCACAAAACGUCUGCAUACAAAUACUCAUAUUAUUAUUAUUAUUAUUAAUUAAUAUUAACAUUAAUUAAUAUCAAUUAUCUUAUUAUCUAAUAAUAAUCAUAAUUAUAAUAUGUCAUCAACACAUUCGAAUAGAUCAACACCAAUAUCAAGAACACCUAUCACUGUCACCAACACCAGCACCACCAGUACAACAACAACAACAGCUUAUUCUUAUCAAUAUCCUAAUUAUUUAGAUAAAGAAUCAUUGGCUGCAACUAAAAUUCAAGCUGGUUAUCGUGGUUAUUGUACACGUAAAAAAUAUGGUAAUUUAUCAUUGAAUAGUUCUUUACCAUCAUCAAAUUAUAAUGUAACAUCUACUAUAUAUCAAUUACCAUUAAAAAAUAAUAAUGAUUUAGAGAAUGCAGCCACACGUAUACAAGCUAGUUAUCGUGGUUAUUUAACUAGAAAAUCAUUACGUGAUGAUAAUAUUACAAAUAAAUAUAUACCAAUUAAAAAUAUUACUUAUUAUAAUGAUAAAAUCAAUAAAAUUAAUGGGAAUAGAAAUCAGAACAAUGAUGAUGAUGAUGAUAUUGAUGGGAAAGUGAAAGCAGUCACUAAAAUUCAAGCUGGUUAUCGUGGUUAUAAAACAAGAAAAUCAUUAGCACCAUUAUUACAUCCACAUAAUAAUAAUAAUAAUAAUAAUCAACAUAAUUUAUUAUUAUCAAAUAAAGAAAAUCAAAAUUAUUUCGAUUAUAAAUGUAUCAAUCAAGAUAAACAUAAUAAUAAUCAUUUACAUGAUCCUGAAUUAGCUGCUACUAAAAUACAAGCAAUAUAUCGUGGUUAUAGAACUAGACGACAUUUACCUAAAUAAAUAAAUUCAAUAAAAAUGCAUAUUAUAUAUAAUAUGUAUUGGACUAACUAUUCAUUGAACAAUCUCUCUCUCUCUCUUUCUUCCUUGUCAUUUACACCCAUCCACCUCUUAAACUUCAUUGGAUCAUGAAUAUUUUUAUGAAUUGAAAUCUUUAUUAUGUUUAAAUCUUAAACAAUAUUUGCAUGCUCAUUUGACUUAUCAGUUUGCUUCUUCUUCUUCUUUCUAUGUAUGUUUUAUUAUUUCUAUUUUAUAAAAAAAACAAUGAUUGGUAUUGUUAUAUAACAAUGGAAUAAAAUAUUGCCUAUAUUGUUUACUUCUUUGAAUAAAUAAUAAUAAUAAUCAUUUCAGUUAAAUCAACCAUUAUAGAAUACUGUAUACUUACAUACUUAUUAUUUAAUGAUUCAUUUUAAUUAAAAGUUACAC